AUGUUCUGGAUACAUGGUGGGGGUUUCUUCCGUGGAAACGGAGGCGACAUGGACUACGGCCCGGAGUUUCUAGUGAGACAUGACGUCGUCUACGUCGCUAUCAACUACAGACUUCACAUCCUCGGCUUCCUCUCUCUGGACAUAGAAGAAGUGCCCGGCAAUGCUGGCCUGAAAGACCAGGUCGCCGCUCUACGGUGGGUCAAAAAUAAUAUAAGAAAAUUCGGAGGCGACCCAGAUAAAGUAACUAUUUUCGGCGAAAGCGCCGGAGCGGCUAGCGUGACCUACCAUUUGAUUUCGCCCAUGUCUAAAGGCCUGUUUAAAAGAGCGAUCGCUCAGAGCGCUUCGCCUAUCGCCCAUUGGCCUCGGAUAAAGCAACCGAGAGAAAAAGCUAUAACUUUCGCUAGAAAAGUUGGUUUUACAUCGACUGAUCCACAUGAGAUUUACGAAUUUCUCAAAUCUCUUCCUGUGGAAACUACUGUCAAAUUGAGCGUUCCAGUAACCAUCGACGAACAAGCAAUUAUACCUAUGUCUACUAAUUUUGCCACCGUAAUUGAAAAAGAUUUCGGCAAUGGUGAGGCCUUUUUAACGGAAGAUCUGAUUGAGGCUCUCGAGAAAGGCAUCCACGAGGAUGUGGACGUGAUGUCUGGGUACACGGAACACGAGGGCAUAUUCGGCUUGAGGCUAAGAGGGAAUAACGAAAACGUUUUCAAGUAUGCUGAAUUUUUGGAAUUCUUCUGUCCUUUAGAGCUCCGAUACCAUUGCAACAAGAAACAAAUACUGGAAAUCGGGAGGCAAAUGAGGAAUCGUUAUAUAAAAGACGAUCUGGUAACUGAAGAGAAAAUUUGGGAUAUCAUUACGUAUCUGUCUUUAGAGGAUUUCAUGUUUGACGCGAUUCGCUGGCAGAAGAUUAUAGCACAGAGUGGCAGUAAUAAGUUUUACUUUUACAAGUUCACUUGCAAGUCGGAGUUGAACAUAAUGACUGACUUGUUUGGGAUAGACCGGGGUCUGCUCGGGCCAGGGACGUUUGUGACCCACGCGGAUGACCUCAUGUACCUGUUCCCGCCGAAACUGUACCCAAUCGAGGUCGCUUUGAACUCGACGGAGUUCAGAAUGAUUGAGACAGUGACGACGCUUUGGACCAACUUCGCUAAAUACGGGUAA